AUGGUGUGUUAUCCACAGAAGUUCAAGGACAUCUACACGGUUCGAAACUCUGUGUUCAUGCUUAUAGGUGUUGUUAUAUUUUCGAUUUUACUCUCUCUGCCGCCAAUGAUUGGUUGGUCUGAAUAUGUUUACACGCCCUCGCAUUCGUUCUGUUUCGCUGAUUGGCAGAACCACAUGUACUACGCGUUCUUCAUGAUUGGAUGUUGCUUCGGGAUUCCUUUCAUGGUCAUGCUAGUUUGCAAUGUGCUCAUUAUGAGAACCGUGAGGGCCAGCAGACUUCGUUUAAGAAACCGGCAAACCGUUGAUACAAAAAGAGAAAAUAUAUCAACUGAAUCAAAUCUUGUGUCGUCUAAACGAUUUCCUUUCAUCGUUUCAUUUCUUAGAUCUAUGAUAGAAAGGAAGAACAAAACAAGACCCAAAGACUCACCAUUGGUAUCCAAUAGCAACAGCCAUUCAAAAUCGGAACCGAGUUCAGCACAAACCCACACUAUUGUAGAUUGUUUAACUGCUGAAAACUUAGAUCCGUUUAACAAUACCCUAAAAACCAGCUCUUCUGAGGUUCAAGUGAGUUCAAAUUGCGUAAGUGACACAACCACAACCCACACACCGCCUACCCAGUCACCCAGUUCAACAUAUAGACUUAUUUAUCAAAACUGGAAACAGUCGUCAGAAAAACAACACUCAAUCGGAGGGUCACCAGAGCCAUCAAUUUAUAUUGAACCAUCCUCGGACGUGUCGCUUGUCGUACCUUCAAAUUCAGAAACAGAAAUCAACGGUCACAGUUCUGAACAUGAUGUUCAAAUGGAAAUUCCUAAAUCGCGACAGUCGCCGUCUAGACGACGAGAAGAGAUACGACUCGCUUUUUCGCUCAUUAUUGUUGUUGUGGUAUUUGUAAUAUGUUGGCUACCCUACUGUAUAAGUAUGCUUCUUUCAAUAUUUUAUGCUGGACCUGUGCCAAGAGGAUUCCGCAUGUUUACAAUAAUAAUAGGAUAUGCAAAUAGUUGUUGCAACCCUAUCAUAUACGGUGUUAUGAACAAACGAUUCAAGGUGGGAUUUCGGCGCAUUUUCUGCUUCUGGAGAGACAGGAGUUGUUCAUGAUGCUGCGUUCCGACUGUGAUAAGCCGUAAUAAUUGCGGUUUUGCUAUGAGAAUUCAGUCUAAGAUACAACGUUAUGCGUGUCGAUACGUUAUGAUACGUUAAAUUGUUCACGAUUUUACAAUAACAGUUGUCCGAAUAUACGAAAAACAAAUUUUACUUAACCACAUGUUUAUGAAGUGUUUGAUUUCGUAUCAUAUCGUGUACAUUUGUCUUAAUUUGAUGAUGUCUAUCAUAAAACGAUAAUAUUGAUUAAUGAAAGAA